GCUUUACCCGGACGUGUUAGUGAGGGUCUGGUUCUCACUGAGGCUAGCUUGGUGUAGGAGACUUGCAGUAACUGUGCUCAGGUCCAAAUGCGGAAACGUGUUUCGGAGAUGCAUUGUUUAAGCGCCAGCGACACGUCUUCAGCUCGCUGUUUGCGUGACGCCACGCCGCGCGUGUGGAGGAAUGGACAGAGGAGCGGGCAGAGCAGACAGCAUGGUCCACAGCAGCACCGGGCCAGGAGACGCUGAGGACGCUCUGCAGCCGUGUCAACUGAUCCUGGACCUGGUGGACACCUCCAUCUCCAGUCUGCGGGCUCACAGGACCGCAUGCGCCACACAGAGGGAGAUCCGCACUUCGGAGGCUGCAGCAGGGAAGCUCUCAGUGGACGGCCUUGUGCCCAGUCCCAGCUCUGAGUUCCAGGACACCAUGAGACGUCUGGGCUCCAACUCAGAAGAUCGUUCUCGCCUCACUGCCGCCCUCUCCUGUCUGAAGAGUGCUAAUGAUGCAGGUGAUCCGAGGCCUGACUCAGACUCCUGCAGCUCUGAGCCCCGACAGGACAGUGAAGUCUUCUCUCCCAUCAACCCCCCCUCCAGCUCUGUAAGCCCAUUCGCCCCCCAGCAGCCCACCAGCACCCACGGCCGCUCCAUCUCCAUAUCAGUGGUACCUUGUUCAGAUGACCGGAGAGCUUUUAUAAUAACGGAUGACGCCUUCGCCCUGGAGCCAAGCAACCCUCCAGCCACUCCAGCCUCGAAGACGAACAGCAGCAAGCCCUCCCACACACCACCAGCACCUUCACGCAAGCUGCUGCAGCUCCUCCCCAUUGCAAUGACAAGAACCAAGAGUCAAGAGUCACAGCUGGCCAACCGCAUCGAGGAGCCUGUGACACACAGAGCCGGUAAGAAGAACAAAGUGUUGGGUGCUCUUCAGAUCAACGGCUGUAACAAUCCUGAGGACUCAGCGCUGCGGUCACCGCUGCUGUCUGCUCGAACCCCCGGCCCCGUCCCGGCCUCAGCCCCCUACAUGAUGCCUGCCACGCCCUCCCUGCUGGACAAUAUGACCAUGCGCAGGAGCUCCCCUCAGACAAUGAGGAGAGACAUUGGCCUGGCUGUAACACACAGGUUUUCAACCAAGUCCUGGCUCUCCCAGACAUGUCAAGUGUGUCGCAAGAGCAUGAUGUUUGGUGUCAAGUGCAAACACUGCAAGUUAAAGUGCCACAACAAAUGUACCAAAGAUGCCCCCUCAUGUCGGAUAUCAUUUCUCACAUUGCCAAGGAUGCGGAGGGCAGAAUCAGUGCCAUCGGAUAUCAAUAAUCGGAUUGAUCACACAGCAGAGAUCCCACUGCAAUUUUGCACUUUACCAAAAGCCAUAACCAAAAGGGAGCCUCUCCCCAGUUUGAACCAGCUGGACUCCAGCAGUAACCCGUCAUCAGCCACCUCGUCCACACCUUCGUCCCCAGCACAUUUCCAGCAGAAUAACCCCCCAGUUGUGACCCCCAUCAACGCGUCACCACAGGGCUCCCGGGACAGCCGCUUCCAUUUCCCAGAUGUUCCUGCUUCCACAUAUACUGCUGUUCAACAUUAUGGCAGCAACAAUGAGUCAGGAGUCUCACAGCUGGCCGUCACUGAAACACAGCUAAUGGCAGCAAAGCAAGGAGGGGAGGAGGACUACCCAGCAGAGGAGGAGGCAGCAGCCGACCAGUGCGGGAGAGAGCAGAGCAUUUCCACUGAUGCGUGUGAUGAGGACGGGCUGGAGGACCUACCUGCUUCCAUAUGCCGCCGCGGGGCCAUUGGCCGCUGGAGGAACCCCAUCUGUCGUAAGGCCAGCCAGACCAGUGUCUACCUGCAGGAGUGGGACAUCCCAUAUGAGCAGCUGCAGCUGGGAGAGCUGAUUGGCAAGGGACGCUGGGGGAAGGUGCAUAAGGGUCGCUGGCACGGUGAGGUGGCCAUUCGCCUACUGGAGAUUGACGGCAACAACCAGGAUCACCUGAAGCUCUUCAAGAACGAGGUGAUGAACUACAGGCAGACCAGGCACGAGAACGUUAUUCUGUUCAUGGGCGCCUGCAUGGCCCCGCCACACCUCGCCAUCAUCACCAGUUUCUGUAAAGGUGAGACUCUGUACUCUGUUGUAAGAGAAAGAGGUCACAUGCUCGACAUCAAUAAAAUCCGACAGAUUGCACAGGACAUUGUAAAGGGAAUGGGUUAUCUGCAUGCCAAAAGCAUCAUUCACAAGGAUCUGAAGUCUAAGAACGUGUUCUACGACAUAAACAAGGUGGUCAUCACAGACUUUGGCCUGUUUGGGAUGGCUGGAGUGGUACAGGAAGGCAGAAGGAAGAACGUGCUGCGGAUACCUCGGGGCUGGAUCGACUACCUGGCUCCAGAUAUUGUUCGAAAGAUGAGUGCGGAGUUGGAUGAGGACCAGCUGCCUUUCUCCAAAGAGGCUGACGUUCAUGCAUUUGGCACAGUCUGGUAUGAGCUGCAGGUGGGAGACUGGCCCAUGACCAACCUGCCUGAGGAGACUAAAAUCUGGCUAGUAGGCAGCAAUGUGGGAACUAAGAAGGUACUGGCAGACGCCAACCUGGGCAAGGAGGUGACGGAGAUCCUGUCUGCCUGCUGGGCCUCUGAAGCAGACAACAGGCCCACCUUCACCCAGCUGGCAGACAUGCUGGAGAGACUCCCGAAACUCAACCGCAGGCUGUCUCACCCCGGACACUUCUGGAAGACGACUGAGUAGGUACCAUAGAACGAGAAGGCAUAUUCAUGAUCCAUGGGUGGACACCAUUAACACCAGCAUUCAAAAAGGGAGUCGUCAUCAUUUUAUUAAGUCCAUAGAUGUCUUCAUUUUAAUGUCAUGUAAGCAGUAAUGAGAUGCAAUACACCAUCAAUCAAAUGGAACAUGUUGUAAAUAAGAUUUUUGUAAAUGAAAUGUGAACAUUAUGAAGCUGUCCUGCUGGGUAUCAACUAAUAUAAACGACCUUUUCUAACGUGACUGCUCUUUUGUAUUUUUU